GAGAGAUUUGCGUUUUAAAUCAUAACAAAAAGUUGUAGAAGGAUCUUUUUUUCUUUAAUUUGGUGGUGUGACGGACUUUGGUUAUCUGAUUAAGUAGAAAAACAGCUGUAGGUAAAUGUUAUCUUACUUUUUUAAAUUACUACGAUUCUGAGCAAGCUUAGAGGCCAGAAUCUGGCUUCUUUAAAGUUGUAGGACGAAAGGAAAAUGAAAUUUGUAGAUGCCGUGGCAUUAAUCCCUUAGAAGAGAAAUAAUUUAUAUUCAUACUUCAUCAUUUAAAGGUGAAAAAUCCCUAAAUGUUUUCCAAGUACUUUACAAACAGAAUUUAAAUUGAUUAAAACUCUGAACUGAAUUUCACAAAAUUUUUUCCAAGAACUUUACAAAUAGAAUUAAACUCUGAAUUGAAUUUCACUAAAGAGGGGUUGAUAGACAUAAACAGUUCAUACUUUGGAAAAGUGUUCAGUCACCCUGGCACCAAAUUUUGAAUUGGAUUAGUAUUAGUGUAAAAUCAUUCAAGGUUAGAAUAUCUUUAAUGUCUACAAUUUUCGAAAUGCCUUUUAAGUUGUACAUUUAGCCCCAAGAAAAACAUACAUGUGUAGUGGAUCAGCAAAUAAUACCAAAAAUUAUAUUUAAAAUGAAUUUUUGUUUAAUGAUAAUUAAAAAAGAUAAUGGAUGUCAGCUUGAACAAAUGGUUGUCAACCAGGUGAUGUAUGCAUUUGUAGUUUACAUAGUUCUGACAUUUAAUCCAAUUUGAAAAUUUCAUACUAUACGAUAGAAUUAUCCUUUCAUGAAAUAAGCCAUUCACUUAAAGCAUUUUAAAGUCCCUCACAUUUGAAUAGAGACCUUAUUUUCUUGAAAUUCAAUGUAUACAUGUAGUUGAUUCCACUGUUUUAAAAGGAAAAUGAGUCAUUGAGUUUUUGUUAUUGAAAACUAGGAUCAGAUGACCAGAAAAAAGUAAAAAGUGUUCUAUAUACGUUUACAUGUACUUCGUAAUCAGAUCAUAUUUCCGAGAUCAAAUUCUUUUUCAAUAUAGAGGCACUGAGUGAAAGUGGAACUUCUUGCAGAAGCAGUUGAGCAGUUAUAAAUAUGGCAGUGCACAAAAGCAGAACUCAAUAUACAUCUGUUUUGUCUUAUGGACUGCUUUUGAUAUAAAUUUACAUUUCGUAAUACAGCCCAGUUUAAGUUUGAUGUUAAACUCAUAAAAAAUAGUGUUAUUUAACAUUUUCAAUUUCGUUUUAUUCUCUUUUUUUUUUUUUAAGAGCAUUAGAACUGGCUUUAGGCUAAAAAGCAAGAAAGAAGCUCAUUCUUGUGUUCUGUUCUGAUUGCCCCAGUGAAGAAUGAAGAAGGAACAGCAGUAAUGUACAUAGUCAAUCAUGAGGAUGUCACAUGGUCACCAAACAAAGAGGAUGUCACCUCAACAAAAUCGUGCUUCCAACUUCCACUACAAGUAAACAGGAUCCCUGCCGCGAUUCGGCGGAAGAAGAAAGAUUACGAUACAGCAGCUACUGACGAUGAUGACGACCAGGGCCGUGAUCCUGAAACACACUUCACUUUCACGUCAAGCGGGGCCGCGAGUGAAGUAGAAUCCCCUUCGUUCAUCCCAGUUAUGAGCGUGGAUCCGCCUACCCCGACCGGGUCCACCGCCCCCAGUCCAGUGAGAGAAUAUCCAUCCUCACCCUCCACCCCUGAAAGACAAACUUUCUGCAAGUCUCCCAGUUUGAAGUCAUGUUCGUUGAGCGACAUGUCGAAAAUUACAGCAAAUGCUCUGAGCGGCGAGUCAGAAUCGCUUUUAAAACCGCUGGCUUCGGUUUCGCCGGCUUCAAAACCAGGGAACAUGUUGUAUAUUCCCGAGAUGAAGGGUCGUCUCUCUGCGGCCGUUUCCGAAUCUUCGUUGUGGAAUUCUCGUAACAAACCGUGGUUAGAUGGCACAAACAUGGAUUUCAGAGGUUCAACGCUUAUAAGCUCUCAGGGUCUUGUUCACCCGAGAAAAACAGAGAAAGUCGCUCAGGUUAUGUCCCUGGGUGCUGAUGUCCUUCCAGAGUACAAGCUCCAAGCUCCCAAAAUCCACCCCUGGACAAUUCUUCACUACUCGCCUUUUAAGGCAUUCUGGGACUGGCUGAUUUUGUUUCUUGUCAUUUAUACGGCGAUUGUGACGCCAUAUGUGGCCUCAUUUAUUUUGACCCGGGAGGAAAACAAUAAGAAAACGGAGACAGAGGGGAGUACGGUCAGCAUCUACGUCGACCCCCUGGUCAUUGUUGACUACAUAGUGGAUGUCAUGUUUAUUAUCGACAUUUUUAUCAACUUCCGAACGACUUUUGUCGACAUUAACGACGAGGUUGUUAGUCAUCCAUGCCGUAUUGCCGUGCAUUAUUGUAAAACGUGGUUACUCAUUGACUUAGUGGCUGCGAUUCCUUUUGAAUUGCUCAUCUUGAUUGGUGAUACAGACCAGACAACAACACUAAUCGGUCUCCUUAAAACAGCUCGCCUCUUACGACUCGUCCGAGUCGCUCGGAAGUUGGAUCAUUAUUCAGAAUACGGAAUGGCAGUACUUUUACUCCUGAUGUGUUCGUUCGCGUUACUCGCGCACUGGUUGGCCUGUAUAUGGUAUUUUAUUGGCGACUUGGAACGGAAAGCUAAUGGUACCGCCAUAGGUUGGUUGGAUUCACUGGGUAAACAGCUUGGGCAGCCAUAUAACAGGACUGAUGUAUCAGCAGGACCUGAUAUACAGUCCAAAUAUGUGACGGCGCUUUACUUCACUCUGAGUAGUUUGACGAGUGUAGGGUUUGGUAACGUGUCACCAAACACAAACCCCGAGAAAAUUUUCUCCAUUUGUGUUAUGUUGAUUGGAUCAUUAUUUUACGCCGCCAUAUUUGGUAAUGUAGCCGCCAUCAUAGCGAGGCUGUACUCAACCACCUCCCGAUAUCACGCGCAGAUGCAGAAAGUACGCGAGUUUAUCCGGUUUUACCAGAUUCCCAAUCCCCUUCGGCAGAGAGUCGAGGACUACGCCCAUCACAUGUGGUCCUACACUAAUGGUAUUGAUAUGGAAUUGGUUCUUAAACAUUUUCCUGAGUGUCUACAGGCUGAUAUUUGUCUCCAUCUCAAUUCAAGCCUUCUGCACACUUACCCAGCAUUCACUUCGGCACCGAUGGGUUGUUUACGCGCCCUUGCUCUGCGCAUAAAGACCACUCACCUCCCCCCGGGAGAUUACAUUAUCUACCAGGGAGAUGAGGUGAAUCAUUUGUACUUUGUGAUUCGAGGAACAGUCGAAGUACUCAGCGGUGAUAUAAUCAUGGCCAUUUUGGGGAAAGGCGACUCGUUUGGUGAAAAUUUUGCCAUUGAUCCCGACAGGCCUGUGGUAAAUUCCAACGCCAGCAUCCGGGCACUGACGUAUUGUGAGCUGCGGCUUGUUUCACGAGAAGAUGUACUGCACAUCCUCAGGCAGUACCCGCUGUUCAGAGAAAACUUCAUUAAAGAUCUGGAGAUUACUUAUAAGCUUCGUGGAGACGAGAUGGAGAAGCAUUUUCUAGAUGUUCAAGAGGACAAAAACUGCUUCAUCAACUUGGAGACCGAGGUUGAUCAUAAACCAAAAGCCUCUAAUGGUUCAAGCACGGGCGCCGUUCCACAAGGAACCACUAACGUAUACAAUUAUUUAAAUGGACCUGUGGAUUUGGCGGAAGGCGGAAUGCGACCUAGACCUAACAACUUGGAUCUUCCAUCAAAUUGUGUGCAUAGCAUUAUGGAAGGCACUCAAUCGACGUCUGAAAAUUCCGCUCUUGGAUGCUUUUUAUUACCUCCACUGGCCGAACGGUUGGGAAAUUCGGAUAUCUAAGCAGAAGCUAGAAACUCUACUGCGUCUCAAUGUGGUCAGGCUGUACACAGAGAAGACGCAGUGUCAAGUAAUUGCUAUAAGGCUGUGACAGAGAAAAGGGACACAUUUGGGUGUAAAGACUCUUGGAAAUAGUUCAGCG